GAGAGCACUGUGGCACUGUUGUUUGUGUCAGGGAGAGACGGUCCGGUGCUCCAUGGUCAAAGAAUAGAUCGAGCAGGCUAUAGAGAGAAUGAUGACUAAAAGGCUAAUGGAGAUAGUUUGCGUCUUAUGCAAGUUCCAUCACAAUGAAUGAGUAAGAGACAAGGUUCGUUUGAUAGAGGACGAUAAGCCGUUAUCAUCGUCUUUCCCAGAGCUUCCUUCCCCACCAUUUGGAGGGCCGACGGCAAGUACCGCACGCACCCCGCUACCUAACAAGGUCCCUGAGCCUCUGAGGUGGCCCGUGGCCUUGCGCCAGCCAAGGCUCUGAUAAUUUUGGAUCCCAGGCGGAGGCUGCCAGAAGACCUUCUCCCCCACCAUAACUCUGGCAACCGUCAAGCGCUUUUUCAGGUGUUUUUGUUUUGCUUCCAAAAUUGAAGCCACUGCCACAUACACGUCGUCAUAUUGCUUGCAACCUCCCAACACACAUCUCACCAUCACAAGUAGUACAAAUACCACGAGAACAACGAAGCAGCUGCCAAACAUGGCGACCGACCUGGUGCAGAUCGCUCAGCUGCUUAACCUGACACUGGAUGCGAAGCAGCACCGCAAAGCUGAGGCCGAGCUCAAGAUUCUAUCAGAACAGCCCAACUAUUCCCUGUCCCUUCUCACACUCGUCCACGAUGCCACGAAACCAACCCAGACCCGCCUCGCGGCAGCCCUUGCCUUUAAGAACUUUAUCCGCCACAACUGGGUAAACGAGGAUGGAUCCCACAAGCUUGCUGCGAACGAGGUUGAGACCAUCAAGAAGGAGAUUGUCGGCAUGAUGAUUGAAGCCCCCAGCCAAAUUCAGGCCCAACUGGGCGAGGCCAUCUCGACCAUUGCCGAUUCCGAUUUCUGGGAGCGCUGGGACACCCUUACCCAAGAUCUUGUCAGCCGCCUUUCUCCAACGAGUUUUAAGCAAACAAAUGGCGUUUUGGAGGUUGCACACUCGAUUUUCGGUCGGUGGCGCCCUCUGUUCUCGAGCAACGACCUGAACCGCGAAGUGCUGCAUGUGGUUGGUGUGUUUGGUGACCCCUUUACCCAGAUGCUGGGCAUUGCCGACCAGCAAAUUGGGGCCAACUCGGGCCACGAAGCCGAGCUCAGGGGUUGGCUUACCACGAUGAGUCUCCUCGUUAAGAUCUUCUACGACCUUUCGUGCCAGGACCUACCACCAGUCAUCGAGUCGAACCUGCAGUCCAUCACCGUGCUCCUCCACAAGUAUCUCAGUUACACCAAUCCAAUCUUUGAUGGCGAGGAGGAUGAUCCCACGCCACUCGAGAACCUCAAGUCAGACAUCUGCGAAGUUCUUCAGCUGUACACAAACAAGUACGACGAUGACUUCAACCCAUAUGUCCAAAAGUUCACCCAGGAUGUGUGGAACGUGCUCUCCAGCGUUGGGCCCGAGAAGAGAUAUGACAUCCUCACUUGCCAAGCGCUUAAAUUCCUUACCGCUGUGGCUUCAGUGUCUAGGCACGCACAGAUUUUCAGCGACGAGGCGACACUGGGCACAAUUGUUGAGAAGGUCAUUAUCCCAAAUGUGUCUCUCAGAGAAUCGGAUGUUGAAAUGUUCGAGGACGAACCGAUCGAAUUCAUCAGACAUGAUCUGGAGGGCUCCGAUACCGACUCGAGAAGAAGGGCUUCGACCGAUUUUCUCCAGAAGCUGCUCGGAAACUUUGAGAUGCUGGUGACACAAGUGGUCUUCAAGUACAUCAACCAUUUCCUCGAGCAAGGAAAGACUGACUGGAAGGCCAAGGAUACCGCUGUGUAUCUCUUCCUCGCCAUUGCUGCCAAGGGUGCCGUUACGGCAUCUCACGGUGUCAAGACGGUCAACAGCCAUAUCAAUGUGGUGGAGUUUUUCACCCAACAUAUUGCUGGUGACCUUGUUGGUGGGGACUCGCAUCCUAUUGCCAAGGUUGAUGCUAUCAAGUACCUCUACAACUUCCGCAGCCAGCUUGACAAGGCCCAGUGGGCCGCUGCUAUGCAGCCACUCAUCCAGAACCUGGGUUCAGACAACUAUGUGGUCUACACUUAUGCGGCCAUUGCGGUCGAGAGAGUGCUUUACCUGACGGACGAUUCCGGCCAGCACAUUUUCCCUCGGGCUGACAUCCAGCCCCAUGCCAAGGAGCUCUUGGAACACCUCUUCAGUCUUGUUGAAAAGGACGCCUCGCCAGCAAAGUUGCAGGAGAAUGAGUUCUUGAUGAGGUGCAUCAUGCGCGUUCUGAUCGUUCUCAAGGAGGGGGCGGCCGAGUGUGGUAUCAACAAUAUUCUCACUCACCUGAAUGGCAUCACCAAUAUCAUCAAGCAGAACCCCAGCAACCCGCGCUUUUACUACUAUCACUUUGAGGCCAUGGGAGCCCUUGUCAGAUACUGCAGUAGUCUGCCUCAGGUCGACCUUAUCAGCCGCCUGUGGGAGCCGUUUGCAUUGAUUCUUACCGAGGAUGUGUCCGAGUUCAUCCCCUUCGUCUUCCAGAUCUUCUCGCUUCUUUUGGAGCUCAACCCAACCGCGCAGAUUCCAGGCGAUUUCAAGGCUCUUUUGGAACUUGUGCUUACCCCGACUCUAUGGGACACCAGAGGCAAUACACCCCCUCUUUCCCGGUUCCUUGCGGCCAUCAUCCCCAAGGCCGCCCAGGCCAUUGUGCUGGAGAACAAGCUGGAAGCCGUACUCCUCAUCUUCCAGCGUCUUUUGGCCAGCAAAAAGACGUCGCAGAAUGCCUUUGACAUCAUCGACUCCGUCGUGACCACAUUCCCUGCUGAGGUGUUGGAGCCAUUCUUCACCAAUGUGGUCGGUCUUGUCUUCGACAGCGUCCAGAAGCACCCUAGCGAUUCGCACAAGCUCCGUGUAGCGCGUUUCUACCAUCUCGUCUCCGCCAAGCCAGGGCUCGGGGCCGACUUCUUCAUCAAGCACGCCGAUGCCGUCCAGGCAAACGUUUUUACUCCUUUCUACCUGCAGGUUAUCCGACCAACCACUGCCUUGUUCGCCAAGCCGGUGGACCGCAAGCUGGCUGUUGUUUCUUACACCAAGACGCUGUGCGAGUCCGAGGCCUUUGCCACGCGCUACGCCAAGGGCUGGGGCUUCACCUGCACGAACCUGCUGGACCUCCUCAAGAACCCACCCAGGGUUGCUGCUGGUCUUGGUGACGAGCUCCUUGUUGAGAACGAUGUGGACGACAUUGGCUUCGGCAUUGGUUUCACGCCUUUGAACACGUGCAAGCGCGGCCCCACGGAUGCCUACCCCGAGAUCACUGAGAUUGAGAAGUGGGUCGGACAGUAUGUCAAGGAGGCGAACGCGAAGAUGAACGGGCAGAUCACUCGGUUUGCUCAGGAGAGGCUGGCUCCUGAGGCCCAGCAGUUCUUUGCACCUUAUCUGGCUUAAGGGGGGGUCAGCAUGGGGAGAAGAGGAGGCGGUGAUUAUGUAUGUUGAGGGGAGUGUUUGGCGUUUGGGAGCAGCAUUGGAGGUAAACAAUUGAUGGGCAUAUUUGUUGGUAUUGCUUUGGGGGGUAAUGUUGAGCGGAACAGAGCUCGAGACCAGACAAAAGAAGAUUAAAAGGGGUGGGGAAUGAAUACAUUUUGAUGGCAAUGGCAAAGCGAUGGAUGGAGUUUUUGAUGAUGGGGUGUGAAGUGAUGCUUGAAGAAGUUCUAUAUAUGAUGGCUUUUUGUUAGAUGGU